AUGCCUGUUCGCAGGGGGCACGUGGCACCACAAAACACAUUUUUGGGGACCAUCAUACGGAAAUUUGAAGGGCAAAAUAAAAAAUUUAUCAUUGCAAAUGCCAGAGUGCAGAACUGUGCCAUCAUCUACUGCAACGAUGGGUUCUGUGAGAUGACUGGUUUCUCCAGGCCAGAUGUCAUGCAAAAGCCGUGCACCUGUGACUUUCUCCAUGGGCCCGAGACCAAGAGGCAUGAUGUUGCUCAAAUUGCCCAGGCAUUGCUGGGGUCAGAGGAGAGGAAAGUGGAGGUCACCUACUACCACAAAAAUGGGUCCACUUUCAUUUGUAAUACUCACAUAAUUCCAGUCAAAAACCAAGAGGGCGUGGCUAUGAUGUUCAUCAUUAAUUUUGAAUAUGUGAGAGAUGAAGUAAAUGCUGCUUCGCCAGAGAGGGUAAAUCCAAUAUUACCAGUCAAAACUGUAAACCGGAAACUCUUUGGGUUCAAAUUCCCUGGUCUGAGAGUUCUCACUUACAGAAAGCAGUCCUUACCACAAGAAGAUCCUGAUGUGGUCGUGAUUGAGUCAUCCAAACACAGUGACGAUUCCGUAGCUAUGAAGCACUUAAAGUCUCCUACAAAAGAAAGCUGCAGCCCCUCAGAAGCAGAUGAUACAAAAGCCUUGAUACAGCCCAGCAAAUGUUCCCCCUUGGUGAAUAUCUCCGGACCUCUUGACCAUUCCUCUCCCAAAAGGCAAUGGGACCGACUCUACCCUGACAUGCUGCAGUCAAGUUCCCAGCUGACUCAUUCCAGAUCAAAGGAAAGCAUUUGUAGUAUCCGGAGGGCUUCCUCAGUUCAUGAUAUAGAAGGAUUUAAUGUCCAUCCCAAGAGCAUAUUUAGAGACCGACACGCCAGUGAAGACAAUGGUCGCAAUGUUAAAGGGCCUUUUAAUCAUAUCAAGUCAAGCCUCCUGGGAUCCACGUCGGAUUCAAACCUCAACAAAUACAGCACCAUUAACAAGAUUCCACAGCUCACUCUGAAUUUUUCAGAUGUCAAAGCUGAAAAAAAGAAUGCAUCCCCUCCUUCUUCAGAUAAAACCAUUAUUGCGCCCAAAGUUAAAGAUCGAACACACAAUGUGACAGAGAAGGUUACCCAGGUUCUCUCUUUAGGAGCAGAUGUUCUACCAGAAUAUAAACUGCAGACACCACGCAUCAACAAGUUUACAAUAUUGCACUACAGUCCUUUCAAGGCCGUCUGGGAUUGGCUUAUUCUUCUGUUGGUCAUAUACACUGCUAUAUUCACUCCCUAUUCUGCAGCCUUUCUCCUCAAUGACAGAGAAGAACAGAAAAGACGAGAAUGUGGCUAUUCCUGUAGCCCUUUGAAUGUGGUAGACUUGAUUGUGGACAUUAUGUUUAUCAUAGAUAUUCUAAUCAACUUCAGAACAACAUACGUAAAUCAGAAUGAAGAAGUGGUAAGUGAUCCAGCCAAAAUAGCAAUACACUACUUCAAAGGCUGGUUCCUGAUUGACAUGGUUGCAGCAAUUCCUUUUGACUUGCUGAUUUUUGGAUCGGGUUCUGAUGAGACAACAACAUUAAUUGGUCUUUUGAAGACAGCUCGACUCCUUCGUCUUGUGAGAGUGGCCCGAAAACUUGAUCGAUACUCAGAAUAUGGGGCUGCAGUUCUAAUGCUCUUAAUGUGCAUAUUCGCCCUGAUUGCUCACUGGCUGGCUUGCAUUUGGUAUGCCAUUGGGAAUGUAGAAAGGCCCUACCUGACUGACAAAAUCGGCUGGUUGGAUUCCUUAGGACAGCAAAUUGGGAAACGUUACAAUGACAGUGACUCAAGUUCUGGACCAUCCAUUAAAGAUAAAUACGUCACAGCACUUUAUUUUACCUUCAGCAGUUUAACAAGUGUGGGAUUUGGGAAUGUGUCUCCUAACACCAAUUCGGAGAAAAUCUUUUCGAUUUGUGUUAUGUUGAUUGGCUCACUAAUGUAUGCAAGCAUUUUUGGGAAUGUGUCUGCAAUUAUCCAAAGACUAUACUCGGGAACUGCCAGGUACCACAUGCAGAUGCUGCGAGUAAAAGAAUUCAUUCGCUUUCACCAAAUCCCCAACCCUCUGAGGCAACGGCUUGAAGAAUAUUUCCAGCACGCAUGGACUUACACCAAUGGCAUUGACAUGAACAUGGUCCUAAAGGGUUUCCCAGAAUGUUUACAAGCUGACAUUUGUCUACAUCUCAACCAGACUUUGCUGCAAAACUGCAAAGCCUUUCGGGGGGCAAGUAAAGGUUGCCUUAGAGCUUUGGCAAUGAAGUUCAAGACCACCCAUGCACCUCCGGGAGACACCCUGGUUCACUGUGGGGAUGUCCUCACUGCACUUUAUUUCUUAUCCAGAGGCUCCAUUGAAAUCCUCAAAGAUGACAUUGUGGUAGCUAUUCUGGGAAAAAAUGAUAUAUUUGGAGAAAUGGUCCAUCUUUAUGCCAAACCUGGAAAGUCUAACGCAGAUGUAAGAGCGCUCACAUACUGUGACUUGCAUAAGAUUCAGAGAGAGGACUUGCUAGAGGUUUUGGACAUGUAUCCUGAGUUUUCUGAUCACUUUCUCACAAACCUAGAGUUGACUUUCAACCUGAGGCAUGAGAGUGCAAAGGCUGAUCUCUUACUGCGAUCACAGUCCAUGAAUGAUUCUGAAGCAGACAACUGUAAACUGCGAAGGAGAUUGUCAUUUGAUAGUGAAGGAGACAAAGAUUUUGGCAAAGAAAGCACUACAAAUGACCCUGAAGACUCUGUAGAUACCAUAAGACAUUACCAGAGUUCCAAAAAGCACUUCGAAGAGAAAAAAAGCAGAUCUUCAUCUUUUAUCUCCUCCAUUGAUGAUGAACAAAAGCCUCUCUUCUCAGGACUUGUUGAUUCUCCUCCAGGAAUAGUGAAAGCAACUGGACUUGAUCUUGAAACAGUGCCCACCUCAGGAAGAAUUCGCAUAGAUAAAAGAAGUCACUCUUGCAAAGAUAUCACUGACAUGAGAAGCUGGGAAAGAGAAAAUGCUGGGGCUCGGGCUGAUGAGUCUAGCCCCUCAGCACUUCAGCGAGCUGCCUGGGGAGUCUCUGAGACCGAAAGUGACCUCACCUAUGGAGAAGUGGAGCAAAGAUUAGAUCUGCUUCAGGAACAGCUUAACAGACUUGAGUCCCAAAUGACUGCAGACAUCCAGACCAUCUUACAGCUGCUGCAGAAACAAACCACUGCGGUCCCACCAGCCUAUAGUAUGGUAACUGCAGGAGGAGAGUAUCAGAGACCCACCAUCCGCCUGAUGAGAACCAGUCAUCCGGUAGCGUCCAUCAAGACAGAUCGAAGUUUCAGUCCUUCCUCACAGUGUCCUGAAUUUCUAGACCUUGAAAAAUCUAAACUUAAAUCCAAAGAAUCCCUCUCAAGCGGAGUGCAUCUGAACACCGCUUCAGAAGACAACUUGACUUCACUUUUAAAACAAGACAGUGAUAUCUCUUUAGAGCUUCACCCCCCAAGGCAAAGGAAAACUUGCCUUCAUCCAAUUAGGCAUCCCUCUUUGACAGAUUCAUCCCUAAGCACUGUAGGAGUCUUGGGUCUUCAUAGGCAUGUUUCUGAUCCUGGUCUUCCGGGGAAAUAA